UCACACAGACAUUCUCUGGCCGGUUUACUGGCGAGGAGACAAGAAGCCGUUUCUCAAUGGAUAUUUAUGGAGGAGAUGCAUCAGUAAAUAAACGUUUUUUUUUUUGUUUGUUGAGAAAACAGCUAAUCACAUAAGGAAUUUACCGCCGGUCAAAAAGUUUUACACUAAACAAUCCUUUUGGAGUGAACUGUGUGUGGUAAAAACGCAGUGGUCGCUAUCCAUCCAGUAUAAAAAAUAAAAAAAAUCUCUCAUACUGGAUGUGACCGCAAUAGGAAACUGGAACGUGGACAUUGCAUGAACGUUUUUAUACAAAACCAUAACCGUACUAUACUAUAACAAGUUACGCGGUGCUGUCGGGCGAAAACACGUAACACUAACAUCAUCAGCGCACUGGCGUUUCAUUUGUUUUUCACCGCUUUUAAUAUUUCUAACAGCCAGUGCAGUUUCAAUAUUUCAAAAUUACGAAACGGCUACCGAAAGCUUAUUUGCAUGUUAAUCGAUGCCAUCGUUAACAGUUGCGAAGGCGUCGCGUGUGUUAUUCGAGCACGUGCAUCAUGCGGCGGCGAAACCACAAAACUUCACCGAUGCACCACUUCUCUCCUCCUCAGUGACACUUUCUUUCGUAAAUUGAGGCCUUUUCGAGCUCUCUUGCAACCUCUGAUCAUCAGGUGUUGCAUUAGCUCUUAAACACCGGUGGCGUCGGCAUUAAAAGCUUUGCUAUUUUAAUUAGAUUUCAACCUGUAUGGUGACACGUGUCUGAGCGUCAUUUAAGCGUCAUGGUGACAUGCUCUCUAAUGCCGCACAGUGUCCUGCCUCGCGAUGCAGUAUGAUCACGUCGAACUCACUAGUCGCAACAAUCGCUCGAAAUGUGUUAAAAAUAAAAGUUUUGUUCACCCACAAAACGUGACAGCUUGCUGUUGUGUUUACGUCAAUUUCCGUGGACAUGUCCAAGACACGCGAAGUGUUACUUGUAGGGGAAGGGAACUUCUCUUUCUCGGCUGCUUUGAGAGAGAAUGCAGGCGAUGAUGUUGGAGUCACCGCUACUUGUUUUCAUAGCGAAGAUCAAACAUACGCACAGGAGGGUGCUGCACUGAACAUACAAAGACUUCGAGAGAAAGGAUCAAUUGUUCUGUUUGAGGUGGAUUGCACAUGCCUGAAGGAGUAUGAAGCCAUCCAACAUCAUCUUUAUGACUGUAUUAUCUUCAACUUCCCCCAUUGUGGGCGAAAAAGUGGCGUUAAGAAGAACCGCAUCUUGUUGGUGAAAUUUUUCCAAAGUGCCGUUGCAGUCUUGAAGGACAAUGGGGAAGUGCACGUCACCUUGUGCAAUGGGCAAGGCGGCACUCCGUAUGACAGUCCAAUGAGAGAAUGGCACAAUAGUUGGCAGGUGGUUGCCAUGGCAGCAGAAGCAGGGCUAAUUCUCAGUGAAAUCCGUCCUUUUGACUGUGAAAUGUAUCAAGGUUACAGAUGUACAGGUUACAGGAGUCAAGACAAAGGUUUUCAUGUAGAAGGAGCACUGACCCACAUCUUCACUGGGAGUCUCCCAUACAUUAUGCCAGAGAAACUGAAAAUGGAGAAAACCAUUGGGAAGGAGACCGUUUGUUUUGAGCUUCCUGCAGAGUUGAGUGAAUAUUUGAACAGGAAUUUCCUUGGUCAUCAGUCACACCACCCAGUAAAAAUUGUUCAGGAACAGUUACUGAGAGAGCUCAAGUCAGUGUGUCCUGUAUGCACUAUGAAUGAGGACUUUCCAGAACUGGUAAGCUGCCUACCAGAAAAGCUUCAGGCAUGUGACUCCAGUCUGACCCACUCGGAUGUCUACUGGAUUAAACCAACUGAUAUAUAUAUAUUUGACCAAAGUGAAAAUGGGCAGCAAAAAUGUGAGUCUAUGGAGGACCAACAAAGCUUUACUGGCAGCUAUGCACUACGGCCGUCUCUGUUACUGCAUGUCCAGGAGAUCACGCAGAAUGAGGACUUCAGCCCUGGUACGCUCCAUGUGGUUAACGGCCUGGUUUUUCAGAGAGUUCCCAUCUCCCCAAGCCGUUCGCCUGUUUUCCACCAGCUUUUACUGGUGGGAAUGUUUCCAGCAGAAUCUCAUACUCUUCAGUGCUUCAAAGACUGCUUAGAGUCGCUACUCGCUUCUUAUGGCAUCUCCUUUGAGGAGGCGCAGACAGGCCUAAAGCAGCAAGUGUGGAUGAAUUCAAAGAUGCUUCCCAAGUUUGGACGGCUUGCAUCUCUCCCUUCGGCUUCAGAUCUUAAUGAAGGUCUACAAUUAAAUGUUGUCUCAAUAAACUUGGAUCAUUUAGCCACUCUGCUCUUUGGCAUUUCUGACUGGCGCUUGCUUUGGAGUACCGAUCCUCGCUUUCUUAAGCACUUUGAACUCGAUCCACUUGGAACGUUUUGUCCUUUCUCUCUUUACCCACCAAGCUACUUGCAUGACAUCAGUUUCUGGAUGGACCCAGAUAGCUAUGACGAACUGGACUUCCAUGCCGUUGUGCGAGAGGUCACUUGCGGUGCAGUUAAGGAUGUGGCAUUAGUAGAUCGCUUCAGACACCCACACAUGGGUCAUGCAAGCCUCUGCUAUAAGCUGACUUACCAGUCAUUGGACCGUGCCCUCUCUCACAGCCAGGUAUUGGGACUACAGAAUCAGCUACGAAGACUGUUACCUCUUCGCCUGCAGGUAACCUUGAGGUGAUCUAAGAGGCUUGAGUAAUGAUUUACACAGACCAUAUCAAAGUGAUGUCUUAACUCAAAUUUUAAUGUAAAUUAAGUUUAGCUUUGUAUAUAAAAGCAGACUGAGUGAUCUGUGUUUUGACUGAGGAUUUGUUUGUUCUGUUGUUCUUUGAUAAAUCAACAAAAGUGAAUGCGUAAUUUUAGUGAAUACAAAGUGUUUUAUUCUUAUCAAAGACUGACAUAUGAAACCAUUGGAGCUAAUUCUUUGUAAUUGUGCAUGAAUUCCUGACAAUUGAUUACAUAAUGCUAAUUAAGUUAUUUAGAAGUUCUGAAUUAUCUAUAUUGAAUGGUUUGUUUUAAUAAAGCAUCCAAAGUUUGUUUACAAAUUUCAGUAGUACUAUGAAACAUUUUCUUUUGAAAUGUUAUGAGGUCUAGGAAAUGAAUUAAUUGCAAUUAAGAAUUCUGCCCUGUUUCUGAUUGUAUAUUAAUUGAUAAUGCAUGUUUAGGCAUCUCGUUCAAUUAGCAAACUUAGACGUAAUUAUGUGAUUGCAUAUAAUUUCAUCUGCUGCAUUUUUAUUUUUAUUUAAUUGCUGACUUAUUUUUCUAAUUAUGAUUUCUUGUAAGUAGGUUUACACUAAUGAAGAUGCAUUUUGAUACUGUGAUACUGCUGGAAAGUCUGUUAUUAUGUUUAUGGUCAUUUAUGACUGUAAAUGAUCUUAUUGCUAUAUAAUUAAGCAUUUGAAGGCACGUAGAAUAUUUAAUCAGUGAGGCAGCUACAAAACUUUUUUGGAAUUAUGAGUGAAAAUCAAGUCUUGAAUCUGAAAACGCUGGUUUUGAUUUGAAUCAUGUAACCUGAUGUGAUAUUCAUUUGAUUGUAUAAACCCCAUUUGUGAACCAUUUUAUACAUUUGAAGUGUAGUGUAGUAUCAUUGGCUCAUAUAUCGUGACCAAACUACUUGGCAUUCUCAAACAAGACCACAUACUUCAUGAUAAGUGCUAACUUUAGGGCUCCUUGUUGUAAAAUGCUUACAUUUUCUCAACAAAUUAAAACAAAACUGGCAAAAAUGUCUGUAUUCUUUAAUUGGCUAUUCUAAUUUAGAACAGGGGUUUUCAAACUGGGGUCGGGAGACCACAAGGAGGUACUUGAGGUCAGCUUAAAAUUUCAAUGGAAAAAAGUAAAGAGAAAAUGUACAAAAAAGCCAACAAAUCAGCCGAAUUUGACAUUAUUACUGUAUCAUUCUACUUUCUAAAGACCAGGAAACAUGAGACGAAUUGUGAUUAUUAUUAUUAAAUUGACAUAUUUUUUUAAUGGUUUAAAAUGGUUAUAGUUAUUAAGGUUAUGAACAAAUAUUUAUUUAAUGGUGUUCAUUCACUUGGGGAUGUAAAGCAGUUCUGUGUGAAGCUGUUUUGGAACAAUGUUUAUUGUGCAAAGUGCUAUGCAAAUAAAUUUGAAUUGAAAAUGUGUUUAAUAGAAAACAGAUUAUUUAAUUUCUCAAACGUGUUGUCUUCAGAAUAUCAUAUUUACUAUUUUUCUUACACUGUAUAAAUGAGUCUAUACAUGGAAAAAUUUAGCUGUUUUUAUAUUUAAGGAAGGGGGACCCUCGC